CACAGUGGCCCAAGCCCAAAUCAAUGGGUUCACUUGCAGAGUUGCAGUGCAGCGAGGGGCUCACGCACUGGAGCGAGAAAUCAAUAGAUUGAAGAACUUUCUGAAAGAAACGGAAGCGUGGACUGGACUAACUCAUAGCUAUCAUCUUCUCCAUUUGGGAACGGCGAGGGACAAAGAAAGGAAAGGCCGGACGACGACCACCAGCCACCGCAGCGAGCAGAUCCUUGGUCGUUUUCUCCUUCACGCAGCGGCGGACGGAUGCAAUGAUUGCUGUAGUGAUAGAGCGCGGGGGUUGUCGGAUUUGAUUUGAGUUUGGACAUGAAUCUCUCAUUAUCUUCUUCCUCUUCUCUGUCGCCUACCUCGUCCCCGUCCUCGUCUUCCGCCGGCGGCGGCGGAGGAACCUCAUGGUUCUCCGGCAUUGUUCGCGGGCGUGCUGAUAGGUCCGGGAGCAUGAAAAUGGCCGGUAAUUUGCCCGCUGCCGAGAAUGCUGGACCGAUCAAAGGCAAGAACCAGUUUCGCGGUUUGCUGUUCAAGUAUGGCCCCCAGCCUAUUCAGGUAAUUGCUGGAAAACCGAUACGUUGAUAUUUUUCAAGCCCGUCAUGGUGCUGUUGAAUUGUCAAAUCCAUCUUCAAUGGCCGAAUUUAGGGUCCGGCGAGUAGGUAGUUAGAACAGAUUUCACCAUUAGCUUAAUUAGCAUGGAUCUGAUGUUAGAUGAAGAAGGAUUAUGUGCAAUCAAUUCAUUGUUUGUGAUAAGUUCUAGUUGGUGCCAGUGACCAGAUUGAGUUUCCAGAGGCUUAGCCUCCUCAUAAUAUGGAUUAAUUGUUCUGAAAUUGUUGUUCAUGGUGAUAUGCUUUCCUGGAGGAUGAGAGCUUUUGCCCCUAAUGAUGGGAUUAUACGAACCCUACAUGACCUAAUUCGAUUCCAAAUUAUAUCUCUACAUGGACCAUGGGUCAAUAGACAAAUUAGGAGGUUUAAAGAGAGUUUAGGAGCAUUCAAGAUGGGUGAAAAUGGGUCUACAAACAAGACCUACGGGUUAAUGGAGAAUUGAGGAUUUCUUACAACUAUCAUAUCUAACAAGGAAUUGAAGGAGAUGUUUAAUUGUUGUCCUUGUUGAGUUAGGAGUCUUUUUAUUGUUUCCUAGUAGUAGAGUUAUUACUUUUCAGUUUCCUAGGUGUAGAAGGAAGUCUUUCUGUUGGGUUAACCUCUCUAUAAAUAGAAGGCUUGUAGUUCAGUUUUAUUAAAUUCAGUAUUCAGAUUUCAAUAAGAGUUUUCAAGAGUUGCAAGAAAUAUUUCCUUGUGAUUUCUUAGGCUUAUCAACCUCUGGUUGUGGCGCCUUGCCCCAAACUUUAUCACUGACUGGUGUGGCGGUUCUUCCUCCAUCUAACCUACCAAAAACCCUAAAUUUCCCAAUUCCUUUCAAUUUCCAGCAACCCUAGCUAUUUUAUUGUCAAUUAGAGCAGUUUAGGCACAUCAGUUUGGUAUUAGAGCUCUGAUUUUUGUUAGAUUUUUAGUUGAUUUUCGUCAAAAAAAACCCCAAAAAAACCCUAUUUUUUUUAGAGUAACAUUCCCUUUAAGAGAAGGAAGGAUGAGUGUUGAAAUAAAGGUGGAGCCAACCUUGCAAUCUCUUCAAGAAUCUCUGCUUCAGCUUACUACAACUGUUCAACAAUUGGUACAAAACCAACAACUUGAUAGAGGCAGGAGUCAACCUAGGAGGGCUAUUCGAGGUGCUCGAAUUAACAACGAAGAUGAAGAACGAGACCAAAGGAGAGCUACUCAUGGAGAUAUCAAAAUUAAUAUCCCUCCAUUUUUCGGAAAGAGUGAUCCUGAAGAAUUUUUGGAUUGGGUGGACAAAGUUGAUUCUGCUUUUGAGUUGCAAGACUAUCACGAAUUCGUCAAGGUUAGUUUCGUUGCAGCUAAACUGUCUGGUUAUGCUAGCUUAUGGUGGCGGAAAACUAAAGCUCAAACAAGGCACCCUAUAGAGGAUUGGAAAACAAUGAAGACGUUGAUGAAUGAUAGAUUUGUCCCAAACUAUUACAAGCAAGAUCCAUAUUGCAAAUUUCAGAAUGAAGAGCAAGAGAUUAAGAAGGCAAGAUUCAUUGAUAUUGAUCAGACUGAUGCUUCUUCAAGCUCAAUUCGUGGUGAGACUGACAAAAGGAGUGUCAAAGUCGACAAACAUAUACCUUCGAAUGAAGUUUCUUUGCCUUUUUCUCAACCAGAAUUUGAAGAAAAGGUUCUUGAUGUUGAACUUGCUACUUGUGAAGAGGAUGCUCAAGCUUUAAUGCCUUCAAAAGAAGAACCAGAACUUGAGAUAGAAGGGAAGUCGUUGCCUAUCACCAAAAUGAUAAUGGCUUUUGACAAGGUAAGUUUAAUGGAUGUUCCAGAAGAGUUGCCACUUAUUUAAGAUUCUACAAAUCAUGUUGAGUUGACCACCGAAGAUGGGAUUCUACCCAAGCCUGUGUAUUACAAUGAAGAUAUAGAGAUAAAGGAAAAUGUGCUCCGAGUUGACGAAAAAGAAGUUGGGAAAAGAGAAGUGCAUUUCAGCUGCUCUAAUGAAGAGGAAAAGAAUGACUUGUUGGGUUGCGCUAUAUUCUUGCCAGGAGGAGUCCAAGACAAGUCAUCAACUAUUGGAGUAGAUUUGGUCAUUAAAGAUAGGCGAUUAUGCUACGAUUUCAACUCAACUCAAAUGGGUGAUCAUGAUGUGAUUAGUGAACACAUGGAAUUUGUUAUUGGAGAUGAAGUGUCGUACAAGGAAAUUCGUAGUAGGGAAAGACGAAGACUUCAAGAGUUUGUGGUUAAACUUAAUAUUCAAGGAGUACACUCAUGUUGGGAAAUGAUAGAGUCAUGGGAACACAUUUCUAUGUCACAAGAAGAUUUGAGGGCAAAUCUUUUCCAAGAGGGAGAGAAUGAUGGGAUUAUACGAACGCUACAUGACCUAAUUCGAUUCCAAAUUAUAUCUCUACAUGGACCAUGGGUCAAUAGACAAAUUAGGAGGUUUAAAGAGAGUUUAGGAGCAUUCAAGAUGGGUGAAAAUGGGUCUACAAACAAGAGCUACGGGUUAAUGGAGAAUUGAGGAUUUCUUACAACUAUCCUAUCUAACAAGGAAUUGAAGGAGAUGUUUAAUUGUUGUCCAUGUUGAGUUAGGAGUCUUUUUAUUUGUUUCCUAGUAGUAGAGUUAUUACUUUUCAGUUUCCUAUGUGUAGAAGGAAGUCUUUCUGUUGGGUUAGCCUCUCUAUAAGUAGAAGGCUUGUAGUUCAGUUUUAUUAAAUUCAGUAUUCAGAUUUCAAUAAGAGUUUUCAAGAGUU